UCAUCGUUUCCAAGUAGGGUCCACAGAAAAACGCACUUGUGUACUAAACAUAGCAAAAAAGCAGGACACUGGAAUGGUAAAUGGCGCUCGGUUUACAUACUCUUUAGUAUGCUAGUACGCUAGUGCGGGAGUGCUGAUUUACUCUAAGCGUUCUCUCUGCUCAGUUUAAGGAUUUUGAUCGGUUUUGAAGAAGCAUGGCUGAAAAUGAAGUAACUGGGAGUCAUGAUGCGAUUAUGGAGGUCAUGGAGCCUUUAGAUAUGAAUCUGUCCCUGCUGUCUGAAACUGAAAACCUCCCAGAUGAUGUGAUUUUAAUAAGUCCCAUAACCCCACCACUAGCCUCACUUCCAGCACUGGAGAAACAUCAGCUCUGGAUGGACACAGAGUGUGGAAUAAGCAGUAAUGCUGACGCAUCAGACGAACCUUUAUCAGUGAAGACUUCUGACAGCAUAAGAGACACGGAUCCCCUGUUUGGAAGCGGGUUCAUUCCUCCAGAGUUAAUGCAGACGGUCAAAACCAAGAAGCACAAGUGUUCAGAGUGCAAUAAGUUAUUCAGGUCCACAUACGAUCUCAACAAGCACUUUCUAACUCACCAACCGGAGAGAUCUCAUGUCUGUAAUAUCUGCCAGAAAGGGUUUAAACGCCUCGAUCACCUAACAGCCCACAUGCUGACUCACCAGAAGAGGAAGACUUAUCGUUGCUCUCAUCCUGGCUGCAUGAAGAUGUAUUGUGGCUUCCACUCACUUAAACGCCAUUGUGCCACGCAACAUGGUAUAUACCCCCUAUCCUCCAAGUUCUGCAACCUUGACACCCAAACAUGCCCACCUCAGUUAGAGCUUCCAAAGAUUUCUGCAAUGAACGAUGGUGCAUCGACCUCAGCUGACUAUUCUUUUUUAUUUCCUCCACUCAAACCUCAAUCUGUCUUUCAAUUUGAGGGUUACACCAGCUGUGGAACCAAUUACAACAAUUAUACUUUGGCAGCAAGUAGCUUGAGCCACAACCCUGAGGACCCCAAACUAUCCCAAGUAAAGCGUCCUGUGAUACCUCAGUCUUGGUGCCUAGCAGCAGAUGGUGCUUCCUGCAGUUUGGAGAGUGCAAUUGAAUUGUCAGCAUCCCAUAGUACAGUGAUGUCUAACCAGUGGGCAUCAACCUCCAGUCUUGGGGGUAGUAUGGUGGACCCAGAAGCUGUCCAUACUCUGGAAAGUAAUUUGGAUUUUUUGGUACUCCAAACUUGGGAAGAGGCACCAUUGAACCAACCUAGCAAGGAAGAAACUGUCACUGGAAUGGCUAGUCAGCCAUGUUCGGCUUGCCCCAUGAAACCCAUCGUUCCUCCUUUAUCUCCAUGCAAGACCAAGAAGAGGAGAUUUCACCCAGCCUGGUAG